AAGAAUAUUUUAUUUUCAGAGAGUUUUUUCCAUACACGAUCUCGAUGAGAACUCUGUUUUUUACAUUUGUCGUUUAACAGAUACCGUUCGUUUCAAAAAGUUGUUGAAUCCAUUGCUUGUGCCUAGAGUUGUAGAUACAGAACAACAUCGUCAGGUUGGUAAGUACCUUAAAAAAACACUUGAUGGAUUCGGUUUUCAUACUGAAUGGGAUCAGUUCGAGACUGAAGUACCACCCAACAAUGAGCGCAAAAAGUUUCGUAAUCUUAUUGGGACGUACGACAAAGAUAGUCCGCGUAAUAUAGUAUUUGCCUGUCAUUAUGAUUCAAAAAUAUUCCCGAGGCUGAUGUGGGUGAAAAUAUUUAUUGGGGCAACUGAUUCAGCUGUACCUUGUGCAAUGCUUCUUGAUCUGGCUGAAACACUAGCUCCACUUUUACAGAUGAGAUUGAUCAAGGAUAUUGGACUACAAUUAUUUUUUUUUGAUGGUGAAGAAGCUUUCGUCGAAUGGUCGGAACACGACUCAUUAUAUGGUUCGCGUCAUCUUGCUAAUAAGCUAAGAAAUAAUUAUGUAGUUUACUCAAAUGGAUCAUCGUUUACUGUUAAUCAUGAAAUCAACAAAAUAGAUGUACUUGUAUUGCUUGAUCUUUUGGGAGCAUCUUCGCCAACAAUAAAGAAUUUGCCAGGUCUUGGCAACCAAAAUCUCUUUUCUGAAUUUCCAAAAAUAGAAUUGCAGUUAAAACGUUUGGGUUGUUUGCAUAAUCUGCAUGCAAAGAUUUUUUAUGAUUCGAUUGAAUACGCGAGUAUUGAGGAUGACCAUAAACCUUUCCUUGCUUACCAUGUACCAAUACUUCAUCUUAUUCCGACACCCUUUCCCAGUGUUUGGCAUGAAUUAAAUGAUGAUGCAAAUAUACUGCACUAUCCAACAAUAGAUAAUCUUAUGUCUAUUAUUCGAGUCUUCGCCGCAAAAUAUUUAGGCAUCGCCUAG